AUGAUGCUGACCGAACCUUCUUUCAUGCUCAGCUUCAGCUAUCCAAAUGGUGAACCUCAGACCCCUACGAGGACCCCUCCAACCACCACAAUCUUUGGCGAUUCCGCUUUUCAGACACCCAAACUCGAAUCUAGCUUCUUCGAUCCCCGGGUAACGUGGGAUACGUCGGACCCCUAUGCCUCUAGCCCCGAGUUCCUCCGCACGCCGCAGAAGUUCGGGCUGAGCACCCCUUCCAUCAACCCCCUCAGGUUGCCGGACACAGUUCCCGACCGACCGACAAAUACAGAAGGCAAUCUCCGGAGUGCCAAGGCGGAGCAGGACACGGAUACGGCCAAGAGACGUCGUCCGUCUAGACCACAUGGGCAUUUUGGGGAGGAUGGUCCUCGCACGGUGGAUUCAGCCAAAUCGGCAGCCACCAUCCAGACACCCCCACCCAGCAGUGCGUCAAGGAAGAAGGUGACGGGACUCGACGAGGUCGCUGGUACAGGCCGCCGGCCGUCAGCCUCUAGUAUGGUGGGUGGCCACUUGGAGACUCCAAGCCGAUUACUGGGGGCUUCUCCGCGGCUCUUUGGCGACCUUGAAUCGUCCCCCGACCCGUUCCAACUGGCAUCCCUUGAUCCGGUCACCUCACCUUUCUUCCCACAGCAGCGGCUAUUCUGGGACCAUGAUUUCGAUCACCAUGCGGGCAACAUGGGCCUGUCUGCCAGCGACAUGUUCGAUCCCCACGCCACCGAUGCUUUCCACCUCAGCCACACUUCCAUCCAGGACCCUCACAUCCCCCAAUUACCCACAAUCGAAGGCAACAUGGAACUUCCCGAAUUCCAUGGCAAUGCAUAUAACCUCUCGUCGGGAGUAACCACUACUGACGCCGCCCUCUUCCCUGCUCCCUUCUCCACCUCCCCUCGCCGCCCCAUCACAAAGGCAGAGGAUCCAGCCAUGUUUCUGAGCUCCCCUGCACGCCGCUUUGGAGGGCCUCAGCCGACCCCUGAGAAGCGGCUCUUUUCUAGACCGACACGCCAGCCCUACCAUCAUCAAACGGAGGAGUCUAAGAGAGAGGAGCUCCGCCGCGCUCGAAGUGUCAACCACCACAUUCCAGUCUAUGAGGAUGAGGAUGACGACGACUACACCCCCCGUCAGCCUAGGCCUACUCUGACUCGUAGCCUGACACACACCGCUAUCACCGGGUCUGCUAAUCGAGCGGUGUCUGGCUGCAUGGCUUCUAGCAAUGGAAUCCGGAAGAGCCCAUCCAAGGGUCGCUCAUCUCCAAUCAAGCCCGUUCGUCAUCAGCUUUCCCGAGCCAAUUCAGUGACUGCUAGCCUUCCUAGACGCUCCCAGUCCGUAGUCCUCAAAAUAGGCAGAGACGGUAGAGCCAAAGCGGAGAUGCAAGCCGUGGCCGAGUCAUCUACGGGCUUGACGGACCCCAUCACCGGGAUGGAUCUGGACGGAUCCACCACGGAAAGCGAGUAUGACUCGGUGGACUUUUGUGAAUACCCGACGAUUCCAAGCCGCAAUCCCUCAUUUGCCUUCUCUGACACUAGUGGAACGAUGAUUGCCCGCAGUGACUCUGGCUCGCGGCCUCAUUCGAAGGGGUCUUAUACCUCCACCGCUGCUUCGUCAUCAGGACGGGCAUCCCCUUGGGCUGGCGCCUGUCGGGGACCUUCUCGUCGACCACAAUACAAGUCUACUCUGGAUGACUGGAAACGGACCCCGAAAAACCAGUCCACCGUGUUGCAUUCGGACCUGUCAUAUCUCAGUGCUGGUUCGCUCGGCGAGCCGUUUGCUGAUCCGGAGGAUGACAGUGGUGAUGCCCAGCAUGCACUCCGGAAGGUGCUCCAGGAGAAAGGCCGGAUUGCUCGCCCUCACACGGUCAGCUAUGGCUCACGGAUCAGCCGGUCUGCACGCUCCCUCGCGCACCUCCGAUCGUCUCCACCACGAUUCGGUGCGGAGCUUGAUCUCGCCUCACGAACCACCAACACAUCGCCCACGACCAUGACCGACCCCGAUCUAGCCACACCUAUUACGGACCGUUUCAGCAAUCCAAGCAACGGGACCCGGUGCGUCUGUAAUUCUAUGGACAACGGUGGCCACCUGAUGAUCCAAUGCGAAUCGUGCAGUCACUGGUUGCAUACCAAGUGCGUUGGACUGGAGCGGGCCAACCUGCCAUCCGUGUACGUGUGCCUCUUCUGCGCCCAAACCCCGACUCGUCGGAAUCAUCGGAUCCGGGGGCCUGUCGGUGCGGUUGGGCAUGCACCCACGUCGCCCUUAGCUCAUAAAUCCUAUCGAUUUCGAUGA